GGACAAUGAAUUAUGGCGCAAAACACAUCAAGGCCGUUUGUAAUGCAAAGGAUGUACGGUGGCAUUAAGUACUUAGCAUAGCAAUACUGUGGGUUUUGCGUAAUGGAUAUAAAAGCCGAGUUGUUUUUCCUGGUAGUGAAGCUGUUAGAAGAUGAGGGGUGUGUUAUUGCGGCUGAGUCUUUGAAAAAAUUCAUUGACGACAACAAAUUGUUGCCUUCCCGUAUCAACACUAUCGGUGUCCCGUUUGACAACACAUUUGAUAACUAUAAUAGCCUUCACAAUCUAAGCAAGCCGUCUGUUUUGGUUGAAUACUAUCAGCUUCUGGUAAAGUUAGUGCAUAAUAGUAACAGAUGUGCUUCCCACCUAAAAACCCUAAUUGGAAUCCAAAAUAAAUUUGAAAAGGCUUUCAGUACAAGACGCAUAGAUUUUCAUAUAGUCUCGAAAGAUCAUAAAAGGUUACGGGGGCCUUUAAUAAAUCACUUGCAUCAGCAUUCAAAGCUGCAGUUCCACAUUCUUGCUCACCGUACGGCAAUUUAUUGUUUGGAGUUUGAUAAGCGUGGGAAUUACGCUUUCACAGGAUCCGACGAUUACACCAUUAAAAUCUGGUCUGUAAAAGGAUCAAGUACACCGUCAUGUACCCUACGCCAUACUCUUCGAGGUCAUGUUGCUGAAAUAAUUGAACUAACUGUAUCUAUCGAUAACCAUUUACUCGCAUCAAUAGAUUCAAACUGCUGUCUAGUAAUAUGGUGCCUGAAAACUGGACAACCAGUAGUAGCUGUUCGUGGAUCACGUAAUAAUCGGGUACUGUCUGGUCUCGCUUUCCUCAAUGUACCUAAAACAUUGGGGUCAAUGAACAAAGAUUCAUCGAAUUCGAACGAUGUUAAUAAUCCUUCUGGUAUGCUCAUAGUAUCAUCCUUUGGUGGUUAUCUUCACAUCAUACCUUAUAUUCACACCGUUUAUCAUGCUCAUCGUGAGGAUGAGUUCGGUAAUGUAGCUAAUCAUUCUGAAAAUAGAUGGAUUUGUUGUGCUGUCCAAUUACUUCCUACGAUUCGUUUUACAACAGCUCCUGAAGGUACACCAAAUGUAUAUUGGCCAUCCAUUGCAUGUAUUGAUGUCAGUCCUGGUGGACUCUUAGUUGCAGCCGGUUGUUCAGAUCAACGUAUUCGUUUGUAUCAGUUCAUGAAUCCACUCAAACCCGAACCAGCUGGUGUACUAGCUGCUCAUGAGGAAAGUGUUAAUAGCGUGGCAUUCAGUCAUUCUGGAUUAAAAUUGGCCACUGGCAGUUCAGAUGGUGGAAGUUGUUGGCUAUGGAAAUUUCAAGCAGGUCAAUGGAGAAGUAUGACGUUACCAUUUCGUAAAAGGGUAAAAUGUCGACCUUGUCUUUUAGUUUGGUCAAUACAUGAUCAAUACUUAAUUGCUUCAAUGAAGAAUGGAUCAGUUUAUAUAUAUUUCGGUCAUAGUGGGCAAUUGGUCACCAUUAUUGAAGGACAUGAAGGUGCAAUUCACGCUGUAUCACCAUCACCAUUUGAUGAGAAUAUUUUAGCUACAGGUGGAGUUGAUGGUCGUUUUCAAUUGUGGAAUAUUUCAAAUCUUAGACGUUUUCAACAAAACCCACAACAUGAUGAAGAUAAUCACCAAUCAAUAGAUAAACCUUUAUUAUUCCAUUAUCGAUUUCCUCCUGGUGAUUUAGACAUCAUACAAGGAUUAGUAUGGCAUUUUGACAAUCCACCAGAUGAUCAACCUAUAUGGUCUGGUGCAAAUGCAACUACAGUUAAUCGUAGAACUACUCGUGAUAACAUACAGUUAUCUGCAUUAGAUCCGUCAAAUCACACAGUUGAUUUGCUAACUGACAAUACUACUAAUAACACUAUUAGUAGUAGUAGUAACAAUUAUGCUAAUAGUGCAUCUUCUCAUCGUGCAGUGACAGGAUCUCGUUCUCAGUUGAAUCAUACUGCUACUAGAACAAGUUCAUUGUCUAAUACAAAAAUGCAAAGGAUAACCGCUUGUCGUGUAAUACCUACCAUUGAAGGUGUUGGAUUUCUUGUGGUUACUAAAAGUGGUGUUAUGUCUUUAUUCUCUCCGGCAGACGAGUCUACAACAAUUGAUUCUUCAUGUAAAUAUAAUAUUCAGCCAUCAUCAGUUGAUGAACAGUUUCUUCAUUGGGAAUUGGAUACAGCGGAAUGGAGAGAAGUUGUACCCGAUCCUAGUAAUAAUAAUAAUAAUAAUAAUAACGAUAGUAAUUUUAAUUCUAACGUACUUCGUAUCUAUGAAAAUACUCUACAGGCGUUAGGAAGUCCACCAGCUCAACAGUCAGCUAAUUCACCAUCAAAUGGUCGAGUUAAUUUAUCACGAGAAAAUUCACAAAAUAAUCAUCAUAGGGAAUUAAUUAAUCAUCAUAACAAUAACAAUGAUAAUAAUAAUUCUGGUCGAAUCAUUCGUUAUAGACCUCCUCCAGCUGUACUAUAUGAAAUUAUACAUGCACCUAGCGGUGUACCAUUUCAUCGAUUACCACCGGGUUAUUUGACCAAUUUAAGAGGAUUCCCUUAUCCAUCAAAACGUCAAUUACAAAUACCAGGUCGUAGUCAUUUAAUACAACCAUCAGAUUUAUUACCAUCAGUCACAUUAGAUGAAGAAACUGGUGAAGAUAUUGUUGUGGAUGAUAUUCAAUUUUGUUCAAAUGUUCCAAUCGAUUAUUGUCCAACACCUGAAUUAUCCAGUACUCAACCGAUUUAUGGUAAAAAUUAUCUUUGGUGUUCACCAUGGUUAACUAAUAAAACACCAUUAAUAGAACCUUUGGAUACAAAUGAGUUAAAUUUAAAGUUCGUUGAACAGCAACAACGUUAUGAAGAUGAAAGAAACUUCUUUUCUGCCGGUGGUGAACCCGUCGUGUCUUUUGGAGACGAGUUUAAUAGUUCGAAACAUUCAACUGAACAAAUAAUUAUUAUGCAACCAGAACGUAAUUGUUUCCGCCAAUCACAUAUAUCUUAUCAUAAAUCCUCUUCUCUUUCAUCAUCGUUAUCAUUGUCAUCAACAUCAUCAUCAAUACAUGACAAUAAUGAAAGCAAUCAUAUAACCAGUAAUCUGUCAUCAACAACUAUUAUUUUCAAAGAAAAUAAGGAAAUAGAUGCAUCUUUAGUAAAAAAUAAUGAUUUAAAUCAAUUAAAUAAUAUUUCCAAUGAUACAUUGAAUAAAUCGAACAGUUCCAAUAUUGCUGGUCCAUCAUUUCUCCAUACAUAUUUAAGGGAAACAAAAAAUGAAGUAAAUUCAACUAAGACUCUACGUGUGUCAACUAGAUCUGAAACAGUACCUCAAAAUAAAUCAAAUCAAAUUUCAAACACAAUUUUAUCUCCAAUGGAUGAACAAGAUGAUGCUGAUGAUCAAGAUGAUUCAUCUGAAGAAUCUGAAUGGUCAGCUCAUAUUGAUGUUGAUAUUGGCUGGUGGAGUAGGCAACGUCGUCGAAGAACUAGACGUCAAGUUAAUACAAAUGAUGUAUUAAAUUCCAAUGAUACUGAACAUUUGAGUUCAAACAUUUUGAAUUGUACAGAGAUGGAUCUUGAUAAUGAUGAAAUAAAUGAAGAUUUAACUUCUUUUUAUGAUGUCGGAGAAGCAUCUCUCUCUUCUGGUCAUACAGACAGUAAUCAAAAUGGACCAAAUACUGAAAGAACUAUUCGACGAUCUUUACGUCAACAACGUCGUCUUUUAGUAAAAAGAAGACUUAUGCGAGAAGCUAAAAAAGCAGAAGCAAGAGCUGCUCGUGCAGAAAUUGAAAAGAAAUGCUCUGUUGCUCGUAGAUCUAGACGUUUUCUUAAUCUAACAAGAGAUGAUUGUAGUAGAAUAGAUGAAGAUUCCACUAGCCGGGAUACAUGUAUACCAGAAUCUUCUAAUCAUAGUCAAUCCAUAGAAACAAUUACACCUAUUCACAUUGAUACAUCUUCUAAAAGAGAACGUCUUAAACGACGUUUAAUUCGUAGUCUUGAUUAUGCUGUAAUGUUAAUCACCAAUGGUAUUCGGACUUGCAGUAGAUUACCGUUAACUCGAAUACCGUUAGAUUGUUAUCUAUCUCCCGAAUGUGAAGGUCAUGAAGAAGAAUUAAACAAAAAUCACUUCAUUCUUCCAAAUACUGAUGUUAAUAAUUGGGAUGGUCCUUAUUUUGAUUGGUUAUCUACUGUUCGACCAUCAGCUUCCCCUUAUCUACCUCAAACUGGAGAUCGCGUCGUUUAUUUAUAUCGUGGUCAUCAAGAUUACUUAUCAAAAGCUUGGGAAUGCGGCAAUCUACCAUUAAUGGGUAAUUUAGAUCAACAAAAAAAUUCUCCACCUUCCUUACCUUGGACUACUUGGCCUGAUUUACCACAAUUUUUAUGUUGUACAGUACAAAAUAUCACUUAUCAUAUUGUACGUAUAGCUGGUAAUUAUAAUCAUUCAUCAAAUGUUUCACGUUCAUCAUCAUCAUCAUCAUCAUCAUCAUCCACUUCAUUAUCGAAUUCAUCAGCUUUACAUUUAAAGAAAAUGACUAGAAAAUAUUUAAAUACUAAACUUUUAAGACAAUCAAAACAAUUAAUUAAUUUAAAAGAUUUAAAAUUAUCUUAUCAUAAAGAAUAUAAGACAAUUAAUCUUACAUCUACUUCUUCCUAUUCUACUACUAAUACUACUAAUACUACCACAACAUCAUCAUUAACAUCAUAUAAUAAUGAUAACCCGAUUGCAUCAACUAGUCUUAAUUGUGGUAAUACUUAUUCUUCAUUAUCAGCAUCAACAUCAACAUCAUCAUCAUCAUCAUCAGAUGAUGGAGAUAGUUUUGUUCGACUUAUCACUUUAGAAUUACAAAUUGAAGAGAAUCAACCAUAUAGAAAAUUAACAUGUGGUAAAAUUAAUACUGAAUAUUCUAAACAUUAUUAUAAUGAGAAACAACAAUAUCUUUCGAAUAUUAUUCAUGUUACAUAUCAUGAUGUAGAUGGAAUUUUAGAAUUUAUUAUACUUCGACGAAUAUUUGAUGCAUCAUUAAAACGGGAAUGGAAACCAGGUGAUAUGUUUAUAUGCCCUGUUGGAGGUGAUUCGUGGUGGCGUGGUCUUGUAAUUCGAAAUCUUUCAGACGAUGAUUUAUCAACAUUACAACCUAGCACUUCCCUAGUAGAAAUUAAUAAUGCAAUGCAUUCUUUAAACACUACAUAUUUAGUUCGUUGGUUGGAUGAGAAUGACUCAUGCUAUGAUGGUAAUACUAAUAGUGGUAAUGACAAUAGCACAAUCAAUGAUAACUAUUCACAAAAUUUAUUAGCUUUAUCAGAAACUAACCAUGCUGGAUCAUUGAAUAAAUUACCAGAUAAUAUUGAUCAUGUUAAUUCAUGGGAUAUGUAUAAAUGGUAUGCAGAAUCUGCUGAUAUUGAUAACAGGUCAACUAAUGCAACAGACUCAGAAUUUACAUUAUAUGGUGGUUUAGUUGAUGGUUAUGUACAUAUUUCUCAUGAACAAAUAUGUUUACUAUAUGGUACUUCAAAAUUUUGGGAUCCAACUAAUCAUUCAACUGCCUAUCUUGAAGAAAUUAAGCGUCUCGUUGAGUGUAUAACUCAGAUAAUGCAAUUAGAUAUAAGUGAACAAUUUAUUAAUCCAGUUGAUUUAGCUGCAUAUCCUGAUUAUUUAUUUAUUAAUGUAUAUCCAGUUGAUUUAAAUUUUAUAUUAAAUCGUUUAUUAAAUGGUUAUUAUCGUCAAUCUUUAUCAAUUCAAUCAGAUUUUUUACAAUUACUACAUAAUACUAUACGUUAUAAUUUACCAGGAUCAUCUAUUGUAAAAAAUGCUCAAUUAGUAUAUGAAUUAGGUUUAUAUUGUAUACAAAAUAAUGUGAAAUGUGAUGAAGUUUUACGCCGAUAUAAGCUUCUCACUUCUACCAAUAUACCUUCUCCAAAUUUGGAGAACAGUGGUCAAAUCACCGCAACAACUUCAUCGAAUUCAUUUAAUGAUAAUCUAACUGUUGAGAAACGUACCCGAACCAAGACAUGUCAUAUUAAUAGAAAGGAAAAAAUUGUAAAUAAAUCUUAUUCUUCUAAGCAAAGGAAAGAGAUUCACCGACGAAGAUCAUUAAGAUUGAAUCAAUCACUAUCCAAACGUUCUUAUGGUGUGUAUCUCAAUAAUAAUGAUGAUGAUGAUGUAAGUAAUAAUUCAAACAAAUUAAAUAAGCAUCAAAGACAUUUUCAAAUAAGAGGAAGAAUGUCUGCACGAAAAACAAUUUCGACAAGUAAUAGUUCAGUUACUUGUGGUUCUUCAUGGAUUACUGAUGCUUUGAAUCUUAUCCAAGAACUGUUGAAUCAUCGUAGAAGUUUUUAUUUUCGUGUACCAAUUGAUCCUUUAGAAUAUCCAGAUUAUCAUAGUAUUAUUGAACGUCCAAUGGAUUUAUCUACUAUUCAAAAGAAACUCAUAAAUACUCAAUCAAGUUUGCAUUCAUCAUCAUCAUCAUCAUCACCACCAACAACAACAAUAAAAUAUCAUAUUCGUAGUCGUAUCCAACAAGAAUAUAAUCCUAGCGAUUUGUUAUUCGAUUUAAAUUUGAUAGUAUCCAAUGCAAAAUUGUAUAAUACUGAUCCUGAUACUCAAGUGUUUGAUGAUACUUUAUGGUUGGAAAAUUGGGUUAAUGAUGUAAUGACACCUAGUUUAUUACGAUUUAUUGAAUCGUUUGAUAAUUAUAAUACGUCGUCUUGUACGAAAUCGGAGGCGAUUUCUCAUCAAGAUAUAAAACAUGAAGGUCAUUCUAGACGACAUUCAUGUUCAACACGAUCUGGUAAUACUUCUAAUGAUGAAAAGAGUUACAUAAUAAAUGAUGGAACAUCGUCGCUGUCACCACCAGCCUAUAUUAACACUGCAUCAUCUUCGCUAACAUCUUUCACAACAGUACGUACUUCUAGUGGUCGAGUUGUUAGACCUCCACCUCGUGGUUCACAAGAUCUGUGCCCAUCUUUUUCCGAAGAUUAUAGUCAAAAAUAUAAUGGUUCAUUUGAACAAAAACAAUCUCAUUCAAGAAGAAGAAAACUAACUUCAUAUUCUUCAGGGAAUAAUACACAUUCUGUAAAUAAAUUAUAUUCCAGACAUAAAAACAGAAGACGUCGUCGUAUUACAAAUCAGUCAAAAUCAAUAAGAAUGUCUAAUUCUUCAGAAGAUCUAUCUAAUGCAUCACUCCGUCGUAGUGCACGUAAAAGAAAAAUUGUUCCUAGUUUUAGUGAUUUUUAUGGAUCAGAAGGAAAUGAUGAAUUCGACUGAUUUUUAAAUGUGAAUCAUAUAAAAUGAUAGUGAUAACAUCGUUUUUGUAAAUUCUGUUCACUUUAUUUUUCUCUCAGUUUUAGGCAGCAUGUAGAUACAUAUUUCCCAUGUUACUUUAGUACCCAUACUGUAAACCAUUUGUUCAAUGUAAUUUGAUAACUAAUUUAUUGUAAUUCUCUGUUCCUUACAUAUACAGAUUUAUGUCUUUAAUAACUGUGAUUGUUUAUAUACAUAUACAUAUACAUAUAUAUAUCUACUUCCUUUUGUCUAUAUACUAAUUUCUGUCUAAUCAUUUGUCUUUUAUUCGCUAAAUUUUUAACUUGAAUACAAUUUUUUCUAGUCAAAUAAUUAUAGUUUUCUAUCUAUAUGACUCUCCUGUUGUCACCAAUGAAUGAGAUUGAUUAAUAUGUACCAAUUAAAUCGGUUAGAUGUAUAUGAUUAACUGAUGAUUAAAUUGAACUUGAUUCCAUUAAACAUAAACUAAGAUAUAAAAA